AUGAACCGCCGCCGCCCACCGCCGCCCCUCUUCCUCCUCCUCCUCCUCCUCCUCUCGCAGCCAACCUCUGCAAUCGACUUCGUCUUCAACAGAUUCAACUCCACCAACUCCUCCUCCAGCCUCUCCCUCUACGGAUCCGCCGCCGUCGAAUCCCGAAUCCUCACUCUCACCAACUCCACCGCCUUCACCAUCGGCCGCGCCCUCUACCCACAAAAAAUCCGCACAAAAACGCCCAAUUCCUCUCAUGUCAUCUCCUUCUCAACCUCCUUCAUCUUCGCCAUGGCGCCCUACAAAAACACCCUCCCGGGCCACGGCCUGGUGUUCCUGUUCGUCCCCUUCGCCGGAAUCGCGGGGGCUUCCUCUUCUCAGAACCUGGGGUUCCUCAAUCGCACCAACGACAACGACCCAAACGCCCACAUCUUCGGCGUCGAGUUCGACGUCUUCUCCAACCAGGAAUUCAACGACAUCAACGACAACCAUGUGGGGAUCGAUCUCAAUUCGCUCACCUCCAGAUUCGCUCACGAGGCAGGGUACUGGCCGGAUUCCUCCGCCGCCGGUAAAUUCGAGCCCCUGAAGCUGAACAGCGGCGGGAAUUACCAGGUGUGGAUCGAUUACGCAGAGGGUUCGAUGAACGUGACGAUGGCGAGAGCAGGGGCGAAGCGGCCGAGGCGGCCGCUGCUGAACGUGUCGGUGGAUCUGUCGGAGGUUUUCGAGGACGAGAUGUAUGUUGGGUUCACUGCUUCCACUGGGAGGUUGGUACAGAGCCACAAGAUUUUGGGUUGGAGCUUCAGCAAUUCGAAUUUCUCCCUGGGGGAGAGCCUGAUUACUGCUGGAUUGCCGUCGUUCGUGCUUCCGUCGGAUUCGAUUCUGCAGUCAAAAGGGUUCAUCGCCGGGGUGACGGCGGGCAGCUUGGUGUUGGUGAUUUCCGGCGUUUUGGUUGCUCUGUUUCUAAUCAGAAAAACAGGGGCGAAGGAAGACGAGGAAAUGGAGGAUUGGGAACUGGAGUACUGGCCUCACAGGAUGGCUUACCAGGAAAUCGCGGCGGCGACGAAAGGGUUCAGCGAGGAAAACGUGAUUGGGAUCGGAGGGAAUGGUAAAGUCUACAAGGGGAUCCUCCCCGCCGGCGGAAUCGAGAUCGCGGUGAAGAGGAUCUCGCCGGAGAACGAUGGGACAAGAGAAGUUCUCGCGGAAAUCGCCACUUUAGGGAGAUUGAAGCACCGGAACUUGGUGGGAUUGCGUGGCUGGUGUAAACGGGAAAAGGGAAGCUUUCUUCUGGUCUACGAUUACAUGGAGAACGGAAGCUUGGACAAAUGGAUUUUCUCCGACGAGAGGGAGAAGAAGUUCCUGACGUGGGAAGACCGGAUUCGGAUUCUAAACGACGUCGCUUCGGGGAUCCUGUACCUCCACGAAGGAUGGGAAUCGAAGGUGCUUCACAGAGACAUCAAGGCCAGCAACGUUCUCCUCGACAGGGAUAUGAGCGGGCGGCUGGGGGAUUUCGGGUUGGCCCGGUUGCACGAGCACGGUCAGGUAGCCCGAACUACCCGGGUGGUCGGGACGGUCGGGUACCUGGCCCCCGAGGUGGUCAGCACGGGUCGGGCAUCAAGUGGAAUCGACGUGUUCGGGUUGGGUAUCCUGAUCUUGGAGGUCGUGUCCGGGAGGAGGCCGGUCGAGGAAGGGAAGCCGAUCCUGGUCGAAUCCAUGCUGGAGGCGAUGAAGGAAGGGAAGCUGGCCGACUGUGUCGAUCCGAGGGCGAGGGAUCGAGGGGAGGCGGUUGAGGAUCAGGAAGUGGAGCGGGUGGUCCGGCUCGGGUUGGUCUGCGCGCACCCCGACCCCAGUGCCCGACCCACGAUGAGGCAAGUGGUUAAGCUGUUGAAUGGGAAGAAUGGUGGUAUCGAUGGGGACGUGGAGGAGAGUGAGGACAUGGAGGCGUACUUGCUCCAACGAACGAGGACCGGGACGAUGAUGCCGAUGAGGGAUGUGUGGAUGAGUCAAUACUCGAGCAAUUUUGGGUAUGUAGGAUCGCACCCGACGAUGGAUGAUGUCAGACAGUCGCAAUCGACGACAUCCGGGUCAUGGACCACGACGACCGUGGAGGCUAGGUGA